AUGGGAGCCGUGCGGCCGGUACCGGCCGGGCAGAGAUGGGAGCCGUGCGGCCGGUACCGGCCGGGCAGAGAUGGGAGCCGUGCGGCCGGUACCGCCCGGGCAGAGAUGGGAGCCGUGCGGCCGCGCCGCGCGGUUCUCGUUGCUCUCGUGAAGGGCGCUGUGUUGUGGAGCGCGGGAGAGGAACAGCUCUGGACUGUAAAAAGCCUUUAUGGAGCAUUUGCUUGGUACGUUCGUGCUGCUGAUUGCGUUUUUCCUGUUGUUUUACUUUCAAAGGAGACCUUGGAUUUAACUUGCAGAAGAAUGUCAUGUUUUCCGAAAUUCUCAGAGAUGGAAAAAAUGGUGAACAUGGAAGCUGAAAUCAAUGAGAUAAAAUUGAAAAUAGAAAUGAUGCAGUUGGAGAAUGAGACAGCAGACAUUACUCACCCUUUUUACUUAGGGAAAAAGUGCGAGAUUUUGCAAGACAUGAACAGGCACUUGGAAGCCAUUCUGAAAGAGAAGAGGGACCUCAGAAAGAGGUUGAUCAAACACAGAUGUGAAGAAAGCCUGCCUAUUGAGGCUGCUUUUCACAAAUGUAUAGUAGAGUUGUUGGCUGAGGCUGUGACUUUCAUUGAGAAGCUUGAAAGCCAUUUGCAGUCUGUGAGAAGCAUCCCUCAGGUACCACACAUGAUGAGCAAUAUGGACACCACUUUGUCAAAAACAAAGGUGCUCAUGAUAGAGUUGGAGGAGCUGACAGAGCAAAUACUGAAAUGGGAAGAACUGCAAAAGGAAGUAUAUUCUAACAAUGUAUGCAAUACUGCUGACUUGGACUUUGGCUUAUCUUUAGCCUAACAAAUAAUUUUCCUCAAGUAGGAGGACUACUCAAAGAACUACAUUCUUAAGGUCUUCUUGUGAAAACUGCAACAGAGAUGUCUUUUAAUCCAACAGAGACUUCAUAGGUAGUUAUAUUUCUGUUAUUAAGUAACAGUUCUCCAACUAUUUACUAAAAAAAAGGACAAUGAGCAGUAGUUUAUAGGAAGACAAUACUGAGAAGUUCCUUUUUAAAAUAGUUGGAUAAGAGUCCCUUGGAGCCUGUAUCUUCAAUGGAAAAUUGUUUUGAUAUUUUUUUUUUGCACUUGCUAUAGUAUCUUUAUUAAUUUUUGUAAGCAUCUUGAUAAAACACUGUAUUUUGUAUGUUGCCAUAAAACUUUAAUAAAAGUACUAGAUUUCAAAA